ACAACUCCCACAUCAGAGGAGAUAGACCACUGUGAUGAAAUCAAGGUGUCAGGGAUUGGUGACUCUUCGGUUACUAUUUUUAAACAAGGUACUGAACUACUUUAAAAUCACUCAUUGAUUGAUUGAUUGAUUGAUUUGCAAAAGCAACAAGAAAUUUUAGGUUUACUUGUAGGUAUAGUGAAGUAGAUUAUUCUUGCAAUCAAGAGAUAAUAAAGUUUUAGAGAAUGAAUCUGUCCUAUUGGCCUUAAAUGAUGAUGCUGAUGUUAGUAACGAGGAACGGGGAAUUGUCAAUUCGCCCUCGGUUUAUUUCGAUUCGCCCGAUGUGUAUUUGUCGUCUUUAAACCUUAGGAAAGAAAUAAGCGUGAAAAUACAGUGGAUGUACAAAUGGAAUCCAAGCUUAACUAAAAUAACAUCUCCGAUAAGUAUGUUCACCCUGUCUUUGAGUUUUGUAUCUCAUCGGGCGAAUCGACUUACUUCCGGCGGAACGCCGUCCGGCGAAUUGACUUUCGGGCGAAAGGACUGCAAUUUAUACAUUCACACCCACGCAAAAGGAGCAUCUCAAGUCUCGCCACCAGUCCUACUCAUUUCAUCUCCUGUAAUCUUGUGUCUUAGAGCGCGAGGAGACGGCUGUAUCUACUGUUGUAAUCCGGGGUUUCACCGAAAAUAUCAUGGACGAUAUUGAGCGAGCUGUUGAUGAUGAAGUGAACACGUUUAAAGCGCUUACCCGCGAUCAUCGCUUUGUACCAGGAGCUGGUGCCACGGAAAUUGAACUGGCUAAGCAGAUAUCCAGCUUUGGAGAGGUAUGUUGAGUUGCAGGUCUUUACAAAAUAUGUAUUCAGUGUCACUCUGCUUUUUAAUUCAAAGUGGUUAAGGCUUGGUAAUUAUAUCUGUGAAACGUGUAACUGUACAGCACACGCUUUUCCUUUGUUACAAAGAUAGGUUUUAAAAGCCUACUAUUGGUUUCGCAACUACAGUUGAACCUCCAUGUGUGAAAAAAGCUCAAAAGUGCAAAAAAAGGGGGAGGGGGAGGGGGAGGGGGGAAACACGAAAGGUAAAAACUCCCCUCUCCCCAUUCUCCUCCCUACCCGGCGCCCGUCCUUUAGACUCCUACAAGCAGGUGACGUGCGCCUCCUCUCCUAAGCGACCAGUUUGGAUGGUGGCUUUGGAGAGUCUUGACCUUGUGAACUUGUAUUGCGUACUAGCCGUUAAUUGUUUUUCCUGUUUUCCGUCAGACUUGUGCAGGCCUUGAACAAUAUGCCAUGGACAAAUUUGCCGAAUCCUUGGAGGUCAUUCCCAGGACCCUCGCGGAAAAUGCUGGCGUAAAGCCCACAGAGUUGAUAUCUAAACUCAAAGCUGCCCACCAGGGUGGGGACAAAAAUGCUGGCUUUGAUAACGAGGUAUAGUUGAAGUAUUAAAUAACGUAAUGUAAAAUUGGACUUCAACACGGAGGUACUGAGCAGAAAAAUAGAACUAACAUAACUUGAAAAUCUUAGGCAGUCGACACAAAAAUAAAAUAAAUGUUAGAUAAUACUAAAAAUUUGCAAUUCGAUUUAAAAAAGAGAAGAAAUCCAGAUAAGAAUACCGUAAACUGUCGCUUAUAAGCCCUGGGCUUAUACAAGUUCGUAAGGGGUUUUGGGUGGGCUUAUAAACGGGGGGGCUUAUAUCCGGAUGGGCUUAUAAGCGGACGAAACAAAAACGUUUCGAAAUAAGCAACAGCACUGUUGAUCGACGUAUGAUUUAAAUUUAUUACUCUUACAAUUGAAGCCUUAAAAGGGCAGCAAUAAAUCGAAUUCAGUUAAAUUACAAAACAAAAUCAAAACUGUAAAUGGGGCUUAUAUCCGGAUGGGCUUAUAAUCGGAUGUAUUUUUUUGGGUAGGCCUAUAACCGGGGGGGGGGGCUUAUAAGCGGAUGGGCUUUAUAAGCGGCAGUUUACGGUAUGCUUAAUAUAGUGCACAAGCUAAAAAUUAUAUAGCUAAAAAUAUAUAUAUAUUUACCAAUCCUGAUUCCAGUUGUUUGAUAAAGUUUUUGUUUUGUUGCCGACCGUAUUUGGUCUGUUAAAUUGUUCCUCAUUUUUGGGUCAUCGUUUGUGAAUGUGUUAGCGUAGAAUCUUGGGUUUUUUGUUUUGACCUUUUAUUUACAGGGGAAUCAUGACUUUCAAACGCCUUUUUGGGAAAAGCUAAUUAGACCGAAUUAUCAAGAGGUGCGAAAAAUCGGGGAUGAAAUAGGCCAUUUCCGAGAGGGGAUAAGUUCUAAUCGAACGUGGUGACACUGACAAAUAUGAUCUGACAUACCUUUGGAUGUUGUUUUUCUUAGGGUGGUGGAGCUGCAGUAAAAGACGCAGUAAAUGCAGGAAUCUUAGACUUGUAUCUUGUAAAGCACUGGGCUAUCAAGUUCGCCACUGAUGCAGCUGUUGCAGUACUGAGAGUGGAUCAGGUAAGGGAACACAUUUGUGUCGUACCGUAG